GGAAGAUACUAUCACAACUUUCGAGGAAGACAUGGACGACCCCUUCGAGCAGCUCAUGGCAAGAAGAGAGCCGAGGAAAAUGAGCGUUAAGGAUGAUGGACCUUCAACUUCUUUUGUAAGGAGAGGUUCCGACGAGGGUAGUAGCCCGAGACAUAGUAGCCCCAGACGCAGUAGCCCGAGACAUAGUAGCCCCAGACGCAGUAGCCCGGAAAGUAGCCCCAGACGCAGUAGCCCGAGACAUAGUAGCCCCAGACGCAGUAGCCCGAGCCAUAGUAGCCCCAGACGCAGUAGCCCGAGACGUGGAAACCCCUUGAACCGCAGCGCAAGCUACCUGCCACCUCGAGCGUCAUUCGCCUCGACUUGGCGGGAAAGUGAAAAUGCUUGGCAGGUCGGUGGUGGCCAUUUCUUUGAAAGGCCUCGAGGAAGAGGGAGGAGCUUGAGUUAUGGGAGAGGUGCUCGACGACAGCCGCAGGAGCCGAGCCCGUUUCCUCCUCGAGGAUCCGGAGGGGGUCAGAGGCGGAGCGUCAGCCCCUACUUGUUGGUAGAUUGCCUUAUUGAAUACCCCAAUUUUCGUAGCAGCCUUCUUAAUCUUAUGGAGGAGAAGGAACUGCCCCCUAAAAAUGUAAGGGAAACUACUCUAACUUACUCACAAGUUUUUUCCCUUGAAGGAGAAGAGGUAGUGCUCCGACCCAGGGUUGGUGUCUGCGCCACACAUUCAGGGCCAAAUGGAUGCGAAAACCGGCCAACAUGCAAUGACCUUCAUAUUUGCCCUAAAUAUUUAUUAAGCUGGUGCAAGGACAAUAACUGUAUUCUAGGGCACAGGUGGCAAACAGAUCACAACAGGCGCAUUCUCCAACAGUUUUACAUUGAUCGCUUGCCUUUUAGGAAUCUUCGUACUUUAAUCCAAAGACUGACUAAAGCUAAAGGACCAGUUGGCCAACUAAGCAUCUGUCAAGAAUAUAACAGAGGAGGGUGCAACAAGAAUAGUUGUGUCGCUCUUCAUGUUUGUCACAGUUUCAUCACAGGUUUGGCUCGUUGUUCUGUGACUGGCUGCCAGCUGAACCACAAUCUUCAGACGCCAGAGUGCUCCCAUCUGCUUACAGCUCAUGGAUUCUCCAUAAAUGAAGCCCCACGUGACAUAACUGGAGCUCUCCUCGCUGCAUAUCCAUUUUUGUCACAGGGAAAUAAAUCAGUUGGUGUAAGGAAGUCAGAUUCUGAUGCAACGAAUGGGAACAUCACUAACAAUGGUCAAAAGGCCACAUAUGUAACAAAUGGCAGCACUAUUACCAGAACUCAAGACACUAUUUCUUCCAACAAAAUGGAUAAGGCUAAACCGAAAAACGGUAAAAGCAGUAAAGACGAUAUUAGCAACCGUGAUCAUGGCAGUGGUACAUCAAAUGUCCAAAGCUCAAGGGCUGUGAAACCCAAAACAACAAAUCAGGUGCCUAAGGCUACCAGUAUUAAAGAAGACAAGCAGACAACUCAAUGGACACAUCAUCUGUAUGGCAACACAGAGAUAAAUGAGCUGUGCUUCUACUCAGUUGAGAGUGUGUGCCGCUAUGAAAGUAGUUGUUGUAAACGUCUCCAUUCUGCAUAUCACUACCAUUGGCAAGUAAGUGAAGAUGGUAUCAAAUGGCUGAACCUACGGCACACCCAAGUGAAGCAGUUAGAAGUAUCAUAUUGUAAUCCAGAUGAAAUUAGUGUGGAUCUUCCACGACUAGAUCCUGCAGACCUUGACACAUCGACCAAGUAUCUCCUCACAGUGAUGGGACGGGACAGUUGGAAGGCAAAUUUUCAGGCUAUGAUUAUCACUAAUUCCACACAAUCCAAGUUACUUCAUAUGCGAAGGUUAUGCACGGAGAGGAUUGACGGUCACGUUAUAGAUGAGAACAUUUAUAGCUGGUAUUUCCUGGAUAAGAACAAAAAGUGGGUCAUGUAUGGAAAGGUUGACACUGCAGGAGAGAAGAACCUCGUCAGCAGCAUCACAUCAGAUGACAUAGAAAAACAUUACCAUCAGACACAAGCUUCCCUCACCUUCAGAAAUGCAAGGUUUACAUACAUUCUGAAUUUUGCCUCAAUGACUCAGACCAAUCAGCAAACCAGUGUUAGUCGUGAAGUGUGUCGCCGCCCAAAGCCACACAUCAAAAUUAAAUCAGCAGAUUCUACAACAUCCAAUUCCAACACUGGAAGUGGCUCUACAAGUGAUUUACCAUCCACUUGGGAGCCAAUGCAGCCUCAGGAGAGAGUACGCCUUGUAGAUCUUUCUCCAACAUCAUCUGAAUACCAAGCAGUUUUAUCACUUUUGAAGGGACAGAUCCAACAAGCUAAUAUACAGAAAAUCCAACGAAUCCAGAACCCUUACCUCUGGCGAGCAUUCCAGAAUAAGAUACGAGAAAUGACCACAGUUUAUGGAGAUAUAAGCAAAGUAAAUGUACGCCAGAUCUUCCAUGGGACAGGAUACAAUGUCGUAGCAAGCAUCUGUGCAGAGAAUUUUGACUGGCGGCUUCAUGGUAUGAGCGCUGGACAGAUGCAUGGCCGUGGCACUUACUUCUCGCCUAAUGCUGCAACAUCUCAUGGAUACUGCAAGGCUGACCCUUCAGGCGUGAGAUAUAUGUUUGUAGCGCAGGUGGCAGUGGGCACCUUAACCCAUGGCAAUGCCUCCACAGUCCGCCCACCCAUAAACCCAGCUACAAAUGCACCAUUCGAUUCCACCGGCGAUGGAACCAAUGUCAUUGUUAAGUAUGAUAAGCAGGAAUAUUACCCCGAAUAUGUUCUCUCAAUUCGUUAGAGUAAUUGUUAUUGUGGUUCAUGUCAGGCUAAUAUUCUAGUUUUUUUCAAGAUUUGUUUUUACCAUUGCGAGAUUGAGACUAAAAUGUAGGGAGACUGUAAACUUAUUUUUCGCUAAAAUUGUAUUUUCAGAAAUCUUCAACAAUAUGUUCCUAAUCUUUCUUUUGUAUAUCUUAUACAAUAAAAAAAAUGUUGGCUGAAUAUGUGCAUGUAUGUAUUGGCAAUAUGUUAUUAGAAUAAGGAAUAAAGUUUUAAUCACUAAA